UACAGGAAAAAAAAAAUAUUCUCACAUACUAAUGGGACUUAUGGCCAACUAAAUGUUGUAAACUGCUCACUCAAGACUAUUGAGAAACGGAAAUCAGGCACAAAUAAAUCAACCGGCCGACACCCACGCACGUCCCCCAGUGGCUGAAGAAGACCUUAGACUCAACACCAGUAUCGGGCAGUAUCCAUCACAGACUUCAACAUCAUCAUCGUCAUCAUCAACUACUUCAAAUACUCUGAAAAAGGGAAGAAUAAACAAACAAAUUUGAAAACAGCAGCUGGUCGGUGUUCCAUACCAGCGUCACCAACCACAAGCGAACACCUCCCACGUUUUACGUUUGCUGUCACCCGGCAGCGGCAACAGCAACAGCAGCAGUAGCCAGUAACCAUACCAAAGAUGCAGUGCGGCCUGGAGCAAAUGAACGACACUGAACGUUCUCCAAAUCGGACAAAUUUGCGGGUGAAUUUCAAUGAGAAGGGCUCCGAAGUCAAAGAGCGUCGUGAAAAGUUCCUCACAGCCAAAUAUGGUUCACAUCAGAUGAGCUUGAUUCGCAAGCGUUUGGCCGUCGAGAUGUGGCUGUACGAUGAAUUGCAGAAACUGUUUGAUCCGCCGACUGAAGCCAUUGAUGUGGAUAUUGACGAGAUUUUAGAUAUGGAUACCGACGAAAUCAGAAGAUCCCAUUUGAAAAGAUUAUUGUCUGUCUGCAAACGCCCGCAAUCCGACAUAUCGAAAUUUAUCAGUGAUCUUCUGGAUCGGGCCAAAACGCUGUAAACCCCUCUUCCAAACUUCUCAGUAAACAUACAACAUCUAAUUUUCAACAGCAACAACCGAUAAACAAACGUAUCCAGCUAAAAUUUCAUGAACAAUCACAUCAUAGAUUUUUAGUUGAUUAGAUUAUUAGUUUUUCCUUGUUUGUUAAUUUAUUGACAUAAUUUUGUUUUUGAUUUAUUUUUUUUUUUGUUUUAAAAUAUCAAACAAAAAGUAUAAACUAACAUGUAGCAUAUAGUGAAUAUCUAAGUUUAAAAUCUAGCCUCUAAAGAAGCAGCAGCAGCAGCAGCAUGAAAAAUUAAAACAAAAAUGUAUUACAAGCAGGCGGCUCAUUACAAUCUAUGUCUCUCUCUCUCUCUCUCUCUUCUCUAAUCCAAACAAGAUUUAGCAAAAAAAAAUAAAAAUUUAAGAACAAAUUGUAAUUUUUAGUUAAGAACAUGGAGAAUAACAAAACAAACCAUCAACCAAUACAAAGAUAACCAAUUUUUUCAAUUUAUUUUUAAACAUUAAAUUUAGUUCUAUCUAAGAUAAGCAAGUAAUUGUAAUAAAUCUAAAUGAUUUUUAAGGAAUUUAGUUUAAAUAAACAAAUUUUUAAUUAUAAAAUAUUAGUUACUUUUUUCAAAGCAGUUUCUAUAGGAAAAAAAUUCAGUUAAUUUCAAUAGAAAAACUAGGAUUUUGCAUGAGCUUAUACACCAAACAAAAAUUAAAGAAUUUUGAAAAACAUUAAAUUUUGAUAGUCAAACUAAUUGGGAGCCUUUUUCAGCUUUUUAGGAAUUUUUAGAAAAUACUGUCCCAUAUAACUUCAAUAUGUCUUGCAUAAAAUUUUUCAAAAUUCACUUUACAACAUUAAGCCCAAAAAACACCUUGCAAAGCUUUUCGGAGCUUAGCGAAUUAUUUUGCCAAAUUUUUUCUCUGCGAAAUCACAAAUUUGAUUUUAAUUUCAUAUAUGUAUGCAAUAAUACCAUAACACAUUAAAGCCUUUUCUCUACAUUAUUUUCAUUGUCAUUGUAUAAUUUUGUAUGUAUCGUAAGAUAUACAAAGCCGCAUGUUGCAAUAAUAGAAUUCAAGUCACUUUAAGUCAUCCUCAUUAAUGACCAAACCCCCCAAAGAUCCUGCUCAAAUAUCCGUAAACCAAAAAUGACCGUAGCUUGAGAAAAAAAUAAAAGUAAAAUGAAAUGAUAUAUAACGAACUGAUAGAAGUUGAGAAGAAAGAAAAUUAUGAAAAUAGUGAUUUAGAAAGAUAUCAAAAUCCAAUGUACUUUAAAUAAGAAAUAAUUUCAAUAAACAUUUUUAAGCUGAUUUAACACAAAAUAAA